CGCGCGAAGAGUGAAGCAGCGGCGGUGCUGGGACGGUGUUUAGCGACGUUGGGCGUCACGCUGAUGGCCACCAAACUCAACCACCCGGUCGGCGCACUCCCAUUCGCGGUGGGUCAACUGACCUACGCUGUCCUCCUCCUCACUACCUACCUUCUCAGUACCUCCCUCCCCCCCUCCGCCCUCCUCCUCCGUUCCAUCAGUCGCCCCGGAGGCGGAUAUUUCUUUUAUCGUCCGGCAUUGAAUUUAGCAGCUACGAUGACAGCUCAAGGCGUCUUUAAACAUGUCUUGACCGAGGGUGAUAGGAUGCUCAUUGCGUGGCUGAGCACGGAGUAUGAUCAGGGUGUUUAUGCGUUGGCCGUCAAUUACGGCUCACUAUUCGCCCGCAUCCUAUUCCAACCAAUCGAAGAAUCGAGCCGGAAUCUGUUCGGGCAUUUACUCGGUAUCUCUAAGACAACUGACGACGAUGACAAGAAGAAGGAGACGGGCGCAGUAGCGGCCAGGGAUCAGGCAAAGUCGAUGCUCCUUACAACCCUCCGGCUCUACUCCCUCCUCUCCGUCCUCCUCCUCUCCCUCGGCUCGUCCUACGCCCCCAUCGCUCUCCGGCUCCUCAUCGGGCGACGUUGGUCAUCCUCCUCUUCUUCGGCGGGCGACGUAUUGGCUGCGUAUUGCUACUACCUCCCCCUGAUGUCCACCAACGGAAUUUUCGAGGCAUUCGUCGCAUCCACAGCGACACCGGGACAAUUGAGAACACACAGUAUGUGGAUGGUGUUGUUCUCUGCCCUCUUUGUGGGCAGUGGUUGGGUGUUUAUGAGGACGCUCGAUAUGGGCGCAGAAGGACUAGUGUGGGCGAAUUGCGUCAAUCUCUUCGCAAGAAUAAUCUGGGCAUUCCGAUACAUCAACAUAUACUUUAGCAAAGACGGGGUAGAUUGGAGGGAGGGCGUGCCGAGCAAGGGAUUGUUGACGGCAGGUGUUGUCGUUGCGGCUAUGGCGAGGGAGAGUGCGAGGAGGUGGGUGUGUGGGGAGUUUGGGGAUUUAAAGCAUUUGGGUGUUGGGGUGGUGUUGGGGGUUGGAUCGCUCGUGUGCAUGGUCGUCUAUGAGAGGGGGUUUUUGAGGCAGGUUGGGAGUACGAUUAGGAGGAGGUAGGCAUGACAUCAAGUUGUUAAAUUUAGAACUGUGUCUACCUACGCUUGAUGUGCGUACAUUUCCGUCUAU